AACCCCGGGGCGUACUCGAUGAGGAGUGGAUUCGCCAUCGUACAGCCUUGGGGUUUUUGAAGCCUUCGAAGAUCUUCAACUACCUUUAGAAUGCAUAACACCCCUUACAAACGUUCGCUGCAAAAACGAAAAUGGUGAUUAGAUAGAGCAAACAUGUUCGCGAUCUGCGAUGGUUCGUUAUACAACAACAAAUAUGUUAAGAAUCAGCGGAUGCUCUAGAAACCACUCAACGAAAAGCUCGAUCGAUUCAAUCUCCCAUAUAAAUUCUCAAUGCAAAAAACGGGAAAAUAUUCUUCUACCAUUGUAAGGGUCGCAUCCGCCCGACGAUCGGUAUUAUUGGCGUGCGUUUUCUGCGGCGCAUGUUGAAUGUUCUUCUUCAGAUCUUGCAUUUGAGUGUUUUGCCAAAAUCUUGUCUCCUCCAGAGAUUGGUUUCCGCCUUGCGCUAACAUCGUCCCCUGCGUCCCCUUCCAUCGGUACAAGAAAAGCAACAGAGAAGCAACAUAGCGAAGAAGGGAGCAAGAUCGGGGCUGGUAUAAAGCUGAACACGAGAUGUGUGCCAGGUUUAGUCCAUCGAAAGUGACCGUAGCAUAAACAGCUGGAGCCCAUCCGGCUGCAUCGGGGAACGUUGUGUAUAUCUACGCGCAGAGGGUUAGUGUUCGACGGUGGUGCGUGUGCGUUUGAAACUCAUUCAGAAAAUAGUGGUGCACGUUCAGUUCGGCGUAGUAGAUCGCUGGAGAACAGGUUUUAGUUGUUGUUUUUUCUUCUUUCUUUCUAUCUCACAUCCAUAGACUGGUGUUCAAAGCCCUAGUAGUCUGUAGUAGUAGUUGAUCUACAGUGUGAUCGUGAUCUGCGCAAAACCUGCUCUUCAAACACCGAGCGUAAAAACAAUACAAAACCUUGCGCCCUUAGCAUCUUGCAACGCACAGCCAUGAAGCUUUGCCUGGUGAUUGCAACAGCCGUGGCUAUUGCCACGUGCUAUGCUCUUCCUGUCCCGAAGGAGGAAGUAUUUGCCGUGUACCCUGUAAACAGUGCACUUGCACAGCACUCCAGUGACCUGCCCAUAGAAACUAAAGCCGAACAGGUAAACAGCCCGGUGGAAGUUUCAUCAUCCAAAGAUCUCGCUGAGGAAAAGAAGGUUACAGCAACCAAGGAAGCUGUAAAACCAGCUGAAAGUAAAACGGAGGAAUUAAAAACUGUCCCGGAAAAGUUGAAUGAGAAAGCCUCAGUUAACGCGGAAGUUGCAAAGCCGGCUGUUCCAGUAGAGGAAGUGAAGUCUGCUCCCCUUAAAGAACCCACAGAUGGAAAACCCAAGGACGCUCCUGUCACCGUUGCUACUACUGAGACUGUUCCGACAACUGUAACGAACAAAGAUGAAACACGACUUGAAGUUACGGAAUCUGUUGUUGCUGCCGAACCGAAAAUAGCUGUUCCCGAGACUUUAGCUGUCGAACCUAAAUUGAUGGAGAAGGAAACUGCCCCAGUUGAGAAGAGUGUCAAGGAAGAAACGAAAGUUGUGGAGAAAGAGAAAGAUUCUGUAGCGAAGUUGGUUGAGAAUGUGAAAGUGGAAGACAAAAAGGAGGAAAUUGUAGAAGUAAAAAAGAACGAACAAACGGUGGAAGUGGCUCCCGAAGUAAAAGCAGUAACUGAAGAAAAGACUGGAAAAUUGGCCGCGGAACCUAAAACUGAGACAAAACCAGAACCAUCACAAGCGCGUUCUACAACAAGCGUUCUCCCGGUGGAACAAACUGAGAAAGAUGUCAAGCCAGAGGUAAAGGUCACCGAUCAGGUAGUCGUAAAAGUUGCCGUCGAGCCAGCGGAAGAAAAGAAACCAGUUGUCGAAGAGACUAAGGAAUCUAGUGCAGCUGUACCAGAGGUUGUACCCGUUACUGCUGCAGGCGUUACGCAACCAACAUUGACUGCCAAUGAUCCCGAGCCACAAACCGAGGGUAAAGAAGAAGCCAAGCCUACCAAAGUCCGUGCUGCUCCUAUUGUAGAAGGGCUGAAGGUAUCGCAACCGGUUGAAGCAGAGCCAGCCGUUACCAAAAUCCACGUUACAGUCAUUCAGGAAGAGGUGCAGCUUGACAGCAAGAGUGCCGACCAGAAGGAAGUGCUCCCGAAGGAUGUCCCAGUGACGGAAGCGGAAGAAAAAAGUACGGAAGCGGCAACUACUACUCCUUCUGCCACAACUGAAAAGGUAGUAAAAAAUGAUGAAAAGGCUGAGGAGAAAGCUUCCACACGCAAAGAAGAAGUGACCAGCAGUAGUCCGAGUGUGGUUCAGAGCGUGCAAGCUGUUGUUGAAACUAAACCAGACACAGCUAAACCUGUCGAUGUCAGCAAGGAAGAAUCCUCCGCACGAUCGGCCACUACUGAAACCGUCGUAGUUGUGGUACCAAGUGUAAAGGAUGAAGACGUAACCACUGUUGUUGCAGUGGCUGAGAACACUGAUAAACCUACCGAGAAAGUUACUGUAGCAGAAGUAAACGCAGCACUAGCCAACAAACCCGCGCCAGAAGUUCGUUCGGCUGUUCCAUCGGAGGAACUGCCACAGCCGGCAACGACAGCAAAGGCAGAGGAACAGCAGGCAAAAGCCGUUGAAGGGAGUUCUAAGCCGGGUGCAAGUGAACGCUCGGAUACCGUCAAGGAAGACGCUAAGGAUCAGAGUGACAGUAUCAGUACAACCGUAAGCAGCGUCACGGAACAAGACACCACCACCGUCAGCCCCGUUACUACCACGGAACCAGAGCUCGUUCCAACACCGGCGAAGCAGAAGGCCAAGAAACAGGUUCCGCCAAACCUUAAAGGAUACAGCAAGCGUUUGAAGCUGCAGGAAGCGCAACGAAAGCAAGGCAGUGACAACGAAUAACAGCAAUCUGUUUAGCCGUUAGCUGCUACCGCCAAUAAUUGCAGAUAAUGCAGCUCAAGGAAGCAUCACACUAACGAGGAGUCAAUUAUGCCGACUACUUCCCGGUGAUGCCCAUUCCAACUAACGUCUUUAGGCCGUAAGAUUAAACCAUAGGACGUAAGUGAUAGCUUAGUAAGGUGACAUCAUCAGGCCGAAUAAAGUAUUGUUCGAAAUCUUCAUGUA